AACGCAAGCAUUUAGUAGACGCAUAUCGUCUGUUUAAAUAUAGUUUGUUUCUACUUAAAGCAUCAGAUUGAUUUUUAUAUUAUCAUGGAUCCCAUAAUGGAUGUUAUAAAAAAUUCAGAAGAGCCUGAAUGGCUUGAGAAGUCAAUAAUUGGUGAAGUACGACUAUGGCAAAUAAUGUUCCUGUGUUUAGCAGGUGUUACGUCUCUGAUUGUGAUGUCGUGCUGUUGUUUCCGUUUCCGUAUACCACGCACAAAGCAACAGAUCGAAGCUGACUAUAAGCGUCGAAAGAUUACAACAAAGUUCCGACAACAGCUGGAAACUAUUCAAGAUUCUAAAAUGGAUACCAUCUCACUUAAAGACGCUUUGGAACUAUUACACGAGAAAAGCCAUUCGAUGGAGGAAGAAAAUCAGCAAGGAUCUCAACCCAGCUCUAUAAUGUCACCGCAGCAGAGUUCAUUGGAAGCGUCCUUCCAACCGGAAGGAAACCCGAAACCCGAAACUCAAGCAUCUGGACUCAAUUUCGUCAAAUUUGCAACAAAAGUGGCCAACUUGUCCAAACUUUCUCAACCAAAAUCACCGACUUCGCCCACAACAUCCGACACCAAGAUGGAAUUUUAGUGUAACUUUUAAAAUAAGGAAAACACUAGUAGUAAUCCAUUAAUAAAUCAUACUCGAUAAAAAAAUAUAUACCAAAUGGAGAAGUACAAUACAGAAACUAAUGU